AUGAUAUACCUCAAGACGCUACUUAACGUUAUAGACAACUCUGGGGCUCAAGUAGUUGAAUGUAUAAAAAUUCUUCGCCAUAAACCAAAAUCUUGUGGCCAUGUAGGUGAUCAAAUAACAUGUGUAGUGAAACAAGCUAGACCUACAAAUUUCGACUCUGUUCAUGGAACGUCGUCGGCGGCGAAUAGAGUUAAGAGAAGAGAUAUAUGUCGAGCAGUUAUAGUGAGGACAAAGGCACCGUUUAGGAGACCAGAUGGGUCAGUAGUUCGUUUCGAUGAUAAUGCUUGUGUAUUGAUAAAUAAAAAUGGUGAGCCCUUGGGAACUAGAAUCAAUUCUGUUGUUGCUAAAGAGUUGAGAAAUUUGAAUUAUAACAAGAUUGUCUCUUUGGCUCCAAAGACAUUUUGA